AUCAGAGACAGAGUAGGGCGGGUCUUCACGGAAUGCGGACGGAAAAAAAAUAACGCACACGAGAAGCAAACAUUCAACCAGACACCUAAAAAAAAACGUCGUUGUUACGGUUAAAAUCCGUGUCACUAACUGUUUUACCGGACACCGUAUAGCAUAGCAUCCGGACGUUUAUUCCGUCAAGUGCGCGACGUCGCUUCUCCCGUCGUUUCUUACGGAAUGACAACAAACUAACUGCUAACUAAAAGCUAACGUCAAGACGAACAUCUCAGACGGUGGCUAGUUAGUUUAGCUCCACCUGACGCUUGAUAAGUGUCUGUCAACCCUCAGAAAGACGUCGACAGUCUCAUGGUGGCCUCAGUUCAAUGGGGAACUGUCUGUUUUCUCAAGGUGCGGAUGAUCUGUCGCUGUUGAAUGAGUCCGAGGGGGGCAGUUUGCCCGGAGAGCCUCCGCCGCCCUACCAGGAGCGCUCCCACCCAGUGCAGGUGUACCAUCCCACCCCAAGCGAGAGUCGUCUGGCUAACCAGCUGACGGAGGAGGAGCAGGUCCGCAUCGCUCAGCGCAUCGGUCUCAUCCAUCACCUGCCCAGAGGCAUCUUCGACCGGGGCUCCGACCCGUCUGACAAGAAAGUUAAAGAGUGUGUGAUCUGCAUGAUGGAUUUUGAGUACGGCGAUCCCAUCCGGUUCUUGCCCUGUCUUCACACCUACCACGUCGACUGCAUCGACCCCUGGCUGAUGCGCUCCUUCACCUGCCCCUCCUGCAUGGAACCAGUUGACGCGGCGCUGCUGUCCACUUACGAAACCAACUGAGCAGCCCCCCCCCCUGGUCGGCUGCUCCCGCCUAAAAGUUACUGCACCUUCUUAGCCGAAACUGUCCUAGCUUUUCAAACACGUAGCCAAGGUAAUGUGGCAUUAUGCAGAUGUUUGGAGCAUGUUUAAGGACGCAGAAAGAUGUUGAAAACUGUACCCUACAGUACAUUUGUUAGGUCCAAUGUGUACCGAUUUGGGCUUUUGAAACUCUUUGCCUUUUACAGUACGACAAUGUGCCAAAUUACGCGAGAUGAAGAAUACGGAAAGCUGUACAAGUAGCAAAAUAUUACUCCAAAGUCAUUUCAUGUCUGUAUGACCAACAGUCUACUUUAAUUUGGGAUUUUUAUGGUAGUUAGAUGCAUGUCAUCGAUGUCAUUCACCUCCCCUUUCAAGAUGUAACGUGCAAUAUGUAAUGUCAACGGAGAGAAGGCAGGGAAAUAGUCUCGGUCCAGCGGACAUCGUUGUUUGUCAGAAAGUGAAAACAUGACGUGAAGUUAUUGUUUUAUUCAAAUGAACUCAUGGCCUUCAAUGCCUUCCUUCAUGUCGACUGAGAUGCAAUCAUCAAUCAAUCAAUCAUCAAUCAAUCAAUCAUCAAUCAAUCAGAAAUACAACCUGAGUCUUUUCUGAGCAAAGACAUGAGGUCCCAUGACCAUUUAUGAUUCAUUUCAGCUUUUGAAGAUAUUUGAAGAUUGAACGUUUUGUUGUCUGUACUGUAGUAUUUCCUUCAAAGCUGCUUUUCUCAAAUGUGGAUCUGUUUUUUGCCUUUCUACAGUACGGAUGCUCUCCUUCGCUUUGCCUCUGUUUUGUUUCAAAUCAAAUAGUCAUCAGUGUGUGUGUGUGUGUGUUUGUGUUCAUUGUUUACUGUCAGUGACAUUUACAAAGACAAGAUUCGCUGUGCAAUCCCCCUAAAAGCACCUUGGGAGACCCCUCAUCUGGCACUCAGUAGCUAAUAGAUUUUGUAGAGGAUUGUGUGUUUUUAUGUGUGUGUGCACGUGUGUGUUUGGAGAGGAUUGUGGGUGGAGAUUGGCUUGUUAACGUUGUGAAUUGACUCUCUGUCUGUAGUUUGAAGCUGUUGGAUUUAGUUUAGUUUUGAUGGCCUUCUUACAGCAUGUGAUGCCGAGUCUGAUAAAACAAAAUGCUUUCAGCUUUCAGGUAUUAGACGUGUCCUAUCUGAUACUGAGUAAUGUAUAGCACAAACAAGUCAAAUGGUGAAAGGUGCUACAGCAGUUUAUUGGAAUGUAUCUUGAAUGUAAAGCAUUAAUUCAGCUUUUAAAGAUCCAAUCAGCACAAAUAAGAAGAGAGGACAUUUCUGAUUUACUCAGGCUGCUGUGCCUUUUAAGGUUGAGGUAAGCCAAUUCCUGUGAAGUACAAUCAUUUCUGACAUCACUUCUUCUUCUUUUGUUUCUUUUAGUUGUCCUCUAGAGGGAGACAGAUACCAGCACUGUACUGAUAUGUGUCAAUAUGAAACAGGCCUAAGAUGAAGCCAGAUGUUUGUUUGUUUGUUUGUUUUUUCGUUUUUUGUUUUUUUUUUCUGGCAAAUGUCAUUUUAUGUUUUAAUUUAUAUUGUGUGCAGCCUGUGCACAGAUUUUAGGAAAACCAUGAAACCACAAUAAAAGUGGAUGAGAAAUUUUA